CGGGUCCGCCCUCCCCGGCCCCUCCCCGCGCUCCGUUUCCCCCUCUCCCUCCUCCUCAGACCUAGCAGUGACUUAAGCAACGGAGCGCGGUGAAGCCCAUUUUUCUCCUUCCUCGCAGGCGCGCCGGGGGAUCUUGCGGCGCGCGGCCCCUCCACUCCGGCCCGAGAUGAACGCUGCGGCAGAAGCCGAGUUCAACAUCCUCCUGGCCACCGACUCCUACAAGGUUACUCACUAUAAACAAUAUCCACCCAACACAAGCAAAGUUUAUUCCUACUUUGAAUGCCGUGAAAAGAAGACUGAAAACUCCAAAGUAAGGAAGGUGAAAUACGAGGAAACAGUAUUUUAUGGGUUGCAGUACAUUCUUAAUAAGUACUUAAAAGGUAAGGUUGUGACCAAAGAGAAAAUCCAGGAAGCCAAAGAGGUGUACAAAGAACAUUUCCAGGAUGAUGUCUUUAAUGAAAAGGGAUGGAACUACAUUCUUGAGAAAUACGAUGGGCAUCUCCCUAUAGAAGUAAAGGCCGUUCCUGAGGGCUCUGUCAUUCCCAGAGGAAAUGUUCUCUUCACAGUAGAAAACACUGAUCCAGAGUGCUACUGGCUUACAAAUUGGAUUGAGACUAUUCUUGUUCAAUCCUGGUAUCCAAUCACAGUGGCUACAAAUUCUAGAGAGCAGAAGAAAAUUUUGGCCAAAUAUUUGUUAGAAACUUCUGGUAACUUAGAUGGUCUGGAAUACAAGUUACACGAUUUUGGCUACAGAGGGGUCUCUUCCCAAGAGACUGCUGGCAUAGGGGCAUCUGCUCAUUUGGUUAACUUCAAAGGAACAGAUACAGUAGCGGGAAUUGCUCUAAUUAAAAAAUACUAUGGCACAAAAGAUCCUGUUCCAGGCUAUUCUGUUCCAGCAGCAGAACAUAGUACGAUAACAGCUUGGGGGAAAGACCAUGAAAAAGAUGCUUUUGAACAUAUAGUAACACAGUUUUCAUCAGUGCCUGUAUCUGUGGUCAGUGAUAGCUAUGACAUUUAUAAUGCGUGUGAGAAAAUAUGGGGUGAAGAUCUAAGACAUUUAAUAUUGUCAAGAAGUACUGAGGCACCACUAAUAAUCAGACCUGAUUCUGGAAAUCCUCUUGAUACUGUAUUAAAGGUUUUAGAUAUUUUAGGUAAGAAAUUUCCUGUUACUGAGAACUCAAAAGGCUACAAGUUGCUGCCACCUUAUCUUAGAGUUAUUCAAGGGGAUGGAGUAGAUAUUAAUACCCUACAAGAGAUUGUAGAAGGCAUGAAACAAAAAAAGUGGAGCAUUGAAAAUGUUGCCUUUGGUUCUGGUGGAGCUUUGCUGCAGAAGUUAACCAGAGAUCUCCUGAAUUGUUCCUUCAAGUGUAGCUAUGUUGUCACCAAUGGCCUUGGGAUUAAUGUCUUCAAAGACCCAGUUGCUGAUCCCAACAAAAGGUCCAAAAAGGGCCGGUUAUCAUUACAUAGGACACCAGCAGGGAAUUUUGUUACACUUGAGGAAGGAAAAGGAGACCUUGAGGAAUAUGGUCAGGAUCUUCUCCAUACUGUCUUCAAGAAUGGAAAGGUGACCAAAAGCUAUUCGUUUGAUGAAGUAAGAAAGAAUGCACAGCUGAAUAUAGAACUGGAAGCAGCGCCUCAUUAGGGUUUACCCUAUGAGUGGGUGCAUGCACGCAUGUGCACCCGAGUGAGCGUAUGUAGUACAUAAUGUUUAUUGUACAGCUAUGUGGGCUUUCUUUGUGUUUUAUGAUACAUUACAGCCAAAUUAUUUGUUGGUUUAUGGACAUAACUGCCCUUUUUUUUGUUGGUUUCCAGUGUUUAGGUGGUCUCAAAUUAGACAACACAUAACCAUUGUGAAAGAUUAAUGCUAAAGUAAGCUUUUUAGGGCCCUUUGCCAAUAGAUAGUAACUCAGUCUGGUAUUGAUCUUUUCACAAAUAACAGAACCAAGAAACUUUUAUAUAUAACUAAAGAUCACAUAAAACAGAUUUGCAUAAAAUUAUCAUGAUUGCUUUAUGUUUAUAUUUAACUUGUAUUUUUGUACAAACAAGAUUGUGUAAGAUAUAUUUAAAGUUUCAGUGAUUUAACAGUCUUUCCAACUUUUCAUGAUUUUUAUGAGCACAGACUUUCAAGAAAAUACUUGAAAAUAAAUUACAUUGCCUUUUGUCCAUUAAUCAGCAAAUAAAACAUGGCCUUAACAAAGUUGUUUGUGUUAUUGUACAGUUGAAAUUGUGUCAGGACAUACCCUAUAGAAUUACUAACCUCACUGCCCCUUGUAGAAUAUGUAUUGAUCAUUCUACAUCUAAGAAAAUAAUGGUUCUUACUAGAAUGUCUAGACACUGUACAGUUACAUACUUUGGUCAUUGUAUUGUACCAGUGAAAUGCCAAAUUUGAAAGGCCUGUACUACAGUUUUAUAUGUCAGAUAUUGCCUGUGGCUCUAAUAUGCACCUCAAGAUUUUAAGGAGAUAAUGUUUGUAGAGAGAAAUUCUGCUUCCACUACAGAAUAUAUACAUAAAUGUAAAAUACUGACAAAAGUGGAAGUAGUGUAUUUUAAAAUAAUUAUACUUCUGAAUUUAUUUUUCAUAUUCUAUAGUUGGUAUGACUUAAAUGAAUUAACUGGAGUGGGUAGUGAGUGUACUUAUUUUAAAUAUUUUGAUUCUGUUAUAUUUUUCAUUAAGUUUUUUAAAAAUUAAAUUGGAUAUUAAAUUGUAUGGAUAUCCUUUAUUAAUUUUAAAGUUGAAUUUCUCGAUAACAGUACUCAAGCAAGUUCUUAAAUGAGGAUAAAUUAUUCCUGAUAAAAAGCACGAUGAUGUAGUGAGUUUUAGUAGAAGAAUCUUAACUAAAAGAUAACUGAAAUCAAAAAUGUUCAACCUCAGGGUGUUAGAGUGAUUAACUGCUAGGUUCUGACUAGAGACCAGUUUCUUCCAGACUGCUGUCAUAUAUUUAGCCUGUUCAUCUGUGGUAGGGACUGGCUACGCAUGCUGCCCCACAGGCCAGAGCUGGUGGGCUGUUUUUUUUGUACCUGCAUAGUGACUGUGGCUGCUUUCUCCUACAACAACAGAAGCUGCAACAGAGACCACGUGACACAGGAAGCCUGAAAUGUUUGCAAUAUGUCCCUUUACACAAAUUUACACAAGAGAACUGGCCCUAUGCUCUAAGAAAAGGAGUGUGCCAUUAAGAGACAUGUUGGUUUUCAGGGAAGGGAGGAAGCUGAAAUGUGAUGUGGCAUUAUCUUUUGUCCUUUCUUAAGGAGCUAAUACUAGAACACUGGUUUAGAAAAGCUUAAUAUGACACUGAAUAUGAAAUUUUAAAAGUUGAAAAGCCAAAAAAUAAAAAAUAAAAAUAAAUAAAAAUUGAAAAGCCAUAAAUCAUCUCUCUUGAACAGUUACAUAAGGAAAUGUUUUAUCACUGGGAUAAUGUAAAGAUAGAUGAGUUAAUCAUCUAUCUCAAAGUGGCAUUAGAAAGAAUGUAGGUUUUUGCAGAUUAUUCUAAACACUUAGAAACUAUAAGUCUUCAUUCAAUAAUCCAUGAUAAAAAGGAAUUUUAAGUUCCUUUUUAAUGUACAUAAAUAAAGAUUAGUAGUGAAAAGACACACCUUUCUUUCUAAAACGUGCUAAGGGGCGUAUAAAGAAUCGAAAGAAACUAUACCAUCUUUGAUAUCCAUCAUUAUUUUGUCCAUGUUCAAACAUUGGAAUUAUACUACAGUAUAAUUCUUAAUAUUCUUAGUGUUCUGUGAAUUUUAGCAGCUCAGAAUAUCUAGAGGAAUUUUGUAUUGAAACUUUCAGUGAAUGGUAAAACCUAUACAUUUGUAUGUAACUACAGAUCAGGAGGUACAAUGAUUAAUUCUCUUGUCUGAGCCACUUGAUAUUGAUUAAUUCUGAAUUUCUGAACACAUAGUAUUUGUCCAUCCCUAUUCUGAGCACCAAAUGGUAAAACAUGAAUGCCAAGUAGAACUGGUUUUUGUCACCUUUAAGUCAGCCUAACUCUUUCUGACAAAAGCAGGUGGGUUUAAGUCAUUAGAUCUGUAGUUGACACUAAUUAAUCCCUCUCAAAUCUUAAUUUUAAAUAGAAGAUAGAAGUUGUGUGUUAAAAUUCUUAAUUUAUUUGUACCCUGUACUUAAAUGGUUUUAUGAUUAUCCCUCAUUUCCUUUCUUGAAAUAAAUUGUUAUGAAAAAUUUUUAUAAUGAAAUUCAUCUUGGUUAAUUAGAGAAAAAUAGCAAGGUAUUUAUUGUUCUGUUUACCAUAAUUUAGAACUCACAUUUAAACUAGUAUUUUGUAGUUUUACAUUCCUUUUUAACCCAUUCAGUGGAGAAUGUCAAAUCUUCUCCCAAGCUGUAUGUUAAAUCAGUCCUAAUAUGUACUCAACAUCAAAGACAAACAUGUAAUAAACAUGGAAAUAAAGUUUAGCUCUGUUAGUGAAAUGUUAAA